UGAUCAGAUUGAUAGCUGUCAGUGUCAAAAGGAGAUCAUAAUGGCUACUAACAGUUCUACCUCCUUACAGAGACUUGCUGGAGAGCUGAAGAGCCUUCACCAGGAGCCGGUGGAAGGGUUCCUAGUCACCCUACCCGCCGAAGAAGACCUUUAUACCUGGCACGUAGCUAUAUUCGGGCCUCCGGACACUCCGUAUCAAGGAGGAUACUUUAAGGCUGAAAUGAGGUUCCCACAAGAGUAUCCUUAUUCUCCGCCUCGACUCAAGUUUUUAACUCCUUUGCUCCAUCCUAAUGUCUACUCUGAUGGUGAGUUGUGUGUGUCUAUUCUGCAUUCCCCUGGCGAGGACAUGCUGAGCGGAGAGUUACCUCAGGAAAGAUGGAACCCGACCCAAAGUGUUAGGACUAUCCUUCUCAGUGUCAUAUCAUUACUAAAUGAGCCGAAUACAUUUUCAGCUGCUAACGUUGAUGCUUCAGUUCUUUAUCGCAAGUGGAGGGACUCCAGAGGAAAAGACAAGCAGUACACAGACAUUAUAAAGAAGCAAGUUGAAGCGUCUUUAAAAGAAGCAGAGAGAGAUGGCGUCCAGGUACCACAGACAGUCGAAGAGUACAUGGCAACCCUUCAAAAACAAACCACAAAGCAAACCUCCGUCAGUGAGCUCGAUGAUAUACUGGACUAUGACGAUUACCUUGAGAGCAGUGAAGAAGAGGAGGAGGAGGAAGAGGAAGAAGAAGAAGGAGCAGAUCAACUAGAUGAUGAGGAUAAUUUUCACGAUGCCAUGUCUUGACCACGCCCCCUAAUAGAACCGAUAUAAAUAAUUCUUUUUUCAUCUCUUUAUUCAUUUCUUUCUUCCUCCAUCUUUGUCCCUUUCUCUCUCACUCUUUGAAGGAUAAUUCUUAUGUAGUUUUCUUGUUUCAAUGUGUUUGAAUUAAUUUUUAAUGAAAAUAGUGA